AAUCAAUCUGACCAACAAGAUACAAGAACGAUUUUAGGUCAAAUUAAAGAUUUUUGAAAAAAAGAAGAAAUAUUUAAAAAAUGGUAAAUCAUUGUCAACUGUCAAUGUCAAAAUCACCACAAAAAUUUUCAGCCAUUUUUACUUUGGUCCACGCUUGAAAUUUCGAAUUAAAUAAUUUUAUAAAAUAUCCGCUGUUGUAAUUGAUUAUGGCCCAAAAUAAGUUCAAUGAUUUAGCCGGUAAAUUUGGCAAAGGCGGACCUCCGGGCUUAGGCAUUGGAUUGAAAUUGUUAGCUUUCGGUGGAGCCGCCGCUUAUGGAAUUUCCCAAUCUGUCUACACAGUUGAAGGUGGUCACCGAGCCAUUAUAUUCAACAGAAUCGGUGGAGUCCAAAAAGAAAUUUACACCGAAGGCAUGCAUUUCAGGAUCCCUUGGUUCCAAUAUCCCAUAAUCUACGACAUUAGGUCUCGACCCAGGAAAAUCUCAUCACCCACCGGUUCCAAGGACCUUCAGAUGGUUAACAUUUCCCUUCGUGUCCUAUCUCGACCCAACGCCGUAAAUUUACCAACCAUUUACCGCCAGCUCGGUUUGGAUUACGACGAAAAGGUGCUUCCUUCCAUUUGCAACGAAGUCCUCAAAUCAGUCGUUGCGAAAUUCAACGCAGCCCAGCUUAUUACACAAAGACAGCAGGUUUCGCUUUUAGUAAGGAGGGAAUUGGUGGAGAGGGCGCAAGAUUUCAACAUCAUUUUAGAUGAUGUGUCUAUUACUGAUCUGUCGUUCGGCAAGGAUUAUACUGCGGCCGUGGAAGCAAAACAGAUCGCCCAGCAGGAGGCCCAAAGAGCUGCAUUUAUCGUGGAACGAGCCAAGCAGGAGAAGCAGCAGAAGAUCGUUCAAGCCGAGGGAGAAGCUGAGGCUGCCCAAAUGUUAGGAGAGGCGAUAGGGAAGAAUCCUGGAUAUUUAAAGCUGAGGAAACUUAGAGCUGCCCAGAAUAUUUCGAGGACCAUUGCCAAUUCACAAAAUAAGGUCUAUCUGAGUGGAAAUAGCUUGAUGUUGAACAUUUCUGACAAGGAAUUCGAUGAAUUAUCAGAGAAAUUUCAAAGCUCCUAUAAUAUUGAGCAUGAAACCAAUUUAAGUAAAAGGGGAAACACAAUAUUAGAUUUAUCUCAUUUAGCAGCGGAUCGAAUUACGACAAAAAAUUACCAGUGAGGCUAUAUUAGUAACUUUACAAGUGCAUUUAAAUAUUGCUAUAGUAGG